GCGCCAGGAAGCCACCCCCUGCGGCUGACUCUCUCCAGAGGAGAUCAAUGACUACCCGCAGCCAGCCCAGCCCAGCCGCUCCAGCUCCCCCAGCCAGUACACAGGAUUCAGUUCAUCUGCAUAACAGCUGGGUCUUGAAUAGCAACAUUCCAUUGGAGACCAGGCAUUUCCUGUUCAAACAUGGAUCUGGUUCCUCGGCCAUCUUCAGUGCAGCCAGUCAGAACUACCCUCUGACAUCCAAUACUGUGUACUCGCCUCCUCCCAGGCCACUUCCUCGAAGCACCUUUUCCAGACCUGCCUUUACCUUCAACAAACCCUACAGGUGCUGCAAUUGGAAGUGCACGGCCUUGAGCGCCACAGCAAUCACAGUGACUUUGGCCUUGUUACUAGCCUAUGUGAUUGCAGUACAUUUGUUCGGCCUGACUUGGCAGUUGCAACCAGCUGAAGGACAGCUCUAUGAAAAUGGAGUUAGCAAGGGGAACAGAGGGACUGAAUCCAUGGAUACCACUUACUCUCCAAUUGGAGGAAAAGUUUCCGAUAAAUCAGAGAAAAAAGUGUUUCAGAAGGGACGGGCAAUAGACACCGGAGAAGUUGACAUUGGUGCACAGGUCAUGCAGACCAUUCCACCUGGCUUAUUCUGGCGUUUCCAGAUUACUAUCCACCAUCCUAUAUAUCUGAAAUUCAAUAUUUCUUUAGCCAAGGACUCUCUGCUGGGAAUUUAUGGCAGAAGAAACAUUCCACCUACACAUACUCAGUUUGAUUUUGUAAAACUAAUGGAUGGAAAACAACUGGUCAAACAGGACUCCAAGAACUCUGAUGAUACCCAGCACUCCCCUCGGAACCUGAUCUUAACCUCACUGCAGGAAACAGGUUUCAUAGAGUAUAUGGAUCAAGGGCCUUGGUAUCUGGCAUUUUACAAUGAUGGAAAAAAGAUGGAGCAAGUAUUUGUGUUAACUACAGCAAUUGAAAUAAUGGAUGACUGUUCGACCAAUUGCAAUGGAAAUGGAGAGUGUAUCUCUGGCCAUUGUCACUGCUUCCCAGGAUUCCUUGGGCCUGACUGUGCUAGAGAUUCGUGCCCUGUGCUGUGUGGUGGGAAUGGAGAAUACGAGAAAGGACACUGUGUCUGCCGAAAUGGCUGGAAGGGGCCAGAGUGUGACGUUCCAGAAGAGCAAUGCAUUGACCCAACGUGCUUUGGCCACGGCACCUGCAUCAUGGGAGUCUGCAUCUGUGUGCCAGGAUACAAAGGAGAAAUAUGCGAGGAAGAGGACUGCUUAGACCCAAUGUGUUCCGGCCAUGGCAUCUGUGUAAAAGGAGAAUGUCACUGUUCUACUGGUUGGGGAGGAAUCAACUGUGAAACUCCACUUCCCAUAUGUCAAGAGCAGUGCUCAGGACACGGGACUUUUCUCCUGGACACUGGAACAUGCAGCUGCGAUCCCAAGUGGACAGGAUCUGACUGCUCAACAGAGCUCUGUACCAUGGAGUGUGGUAGCCAUGGAGUCUGCUCAAGGGGAAUUUGCCAAUGCGAAGAAGGUUGGGUAGGACCAACAUGUGAAGAACGCUCCUGUCAUUCUCAUUGUGCUGAGCAUGGCCAAUGCAAAGAUGGAAAAUGUGAGUGUAGCCCUGGAUGGGAGGGCGACCACUGCACAAUUGCUCACUACUUAGAUGCUGUCCGAGAUGGCUGCCCGGGGCUCUGCUUUGGAAAUGGGCGAUGUACCCUGGAUCAAAAUGGUUGGCACUGUGUGUGUCAGGUGGGUUGGAGUGGGACAGGCUGCAAUGUUGUCAUGGAAAUGCUUUGUGGAGAUAACUUGGACAAUGAUGGAGAUGGUUUGACUGACUGUGUGGACCCCGAUUGUUGUCAACAAAGCAACUGUUAUGUAAGUCCUCUCUGCCAAGGCUCACCAGAUCCUCUUGACCUCAUUCAGCAAAGCCAACCGCUCUUCUCUCAGCACACUUCAAGACUCUUCUAUGAUCGAAUCAAAUUCCUCAUUGGCAAGGACAGUACUCAUGUCAUUCCUCCAGAGAUCUCAUUUGACAGCAGGCGUGCUUGUGUGAUCCGAGGCCAAGUGAUGGCUGUAGAUGGAACCCCUCUAGUAGGGGUGAAUGUUAGUUUCUUGCACCACAGUGAUUAUGGGUUUACCAUCAGCCGGCAAGAUGGAAGCUUUGACCUCGUAGCUGUCGGUGGUAUCUCUGUCGUCUUAAUCUUUGAUCGGUCACCUUUCCUACCUGAGAAGAGGACACUCUGGUUGCCUUGGAAUCAGUUUAUUGUGGUGGAGAAAGUGACCAUGCAGAGAGUUAUAUCAGACCCACCAUCCUGUGAUAUCUCCAACUUUAUCAGCCCAAACCCUAUUGUGCUUCCUUCACCACUCACAUCAUUUGGAGGGUCCUGUCCAGAGAGGGGAACUAUCGUUCCUGAGCUGCAGGUUGUACAGGAGGAGAUCCCCAUUCCUUCCAGCUUUGUGAGGCUGAGUUACCUAAGCAGCCGCACCCCCGGGUAUAAAACCCUGCUACGGAUCCUUUUAACACAUUCAACCAUUCCCGUGGGGAUGAUAAAAGUACACCUCACAGUAGCUGUGGAAGGGCGACUCACACAGAAGUGGUUUCCUGCUGCAAUUAAUCUUGUCUACACAUUUGCUUGGAACAAGACCGACAUCUAUGGACAGAAGGUUUGGGGCCUGGCAGAGGCUUUGGUGUCUGUGGGAUAUGAAUAUGAAAUGUGCCCCGACUUUAUUCUCUGGGAAAAAAGGACAGUUAUCUUACAAGGUUUCGAGAUGGAUGCUUCUAACCUAGGAGGCUGGUCAUUGAAUAAGCAUCAUAUUUUGAAUCCUCAAAGUGGAAUCAUACAUAAAGGGAAUGGAGAAAAUAUGUUCAUUUCCCAGCAGCCUCCAGUCAUAUCAACCAUAAUGGGUAAUGGACACCAACGGAGUGUUGCCUGCACCAACUGCAAUGGCCCUGCCCACAACAACAAACUCUUUGCUCCUGUCGCCUUAGCUUCUGGCCCUGAUGGUAGUGUGUAUGUUGGUGACUUCAAUUUUGUAAGGCGAAUAUUUCCCUCGGGAAACUCCGUUAGUAUUUUGGAAUUAAGAAACAGAGAUACCAGACAUAGCACAAGUCCUGCUCACAAAUACUAUCUGGCUAUGGACCCUGUGUCUGAAUCACUUUAUCUAUCAGACACCAAUACCCGAAAAGUCUACAAGUUGAAAUCUCUUGUGGAAACAAAAGAUUUGUCCAAGAAUUUUGAAGUGGUGGCAGGAACAGGAGAUCAGUGCCUUCCCUUUGACCAGAGUCACUGUGGAGAUGGAGGGAGAGCAUCGGAAGCUUCACUGAACAGCCCUCGAGGCAUCACAGUUGAUAGGCAUGGAUUCAUUUACUUUGUGGAUGGGACUAUGAUUCGGAGAAUUGAUGAGAAUGCUGUGAUCACAACUGUAAUCGGCUCAAACGGUCUGACUUCCACGCAGCCACUGAGCUGUGACUCGGGAAUGGACAUCACUCAGGUGCGAUUAGAGUGGCCAACAGACCUUGCAGUCAAUCCCUUGGACAAUUCAUUGUAUGUCUUGGAUAACAACAUUGUGCUUCAAAUUUCUGAGAACAGGCGAGUGCGGAUCAUUGCAGGGCGCCCCAUUCACUGCCAGGUGCCAGGCAUCGAUCAUUUCUUGGUCAGCAAGGUAGCAAUUCACUCCACUCUGGAGUCGGCAAGGGCCAUCAGCGUCUCCCACAGCGGGCUGCUCUUCAUAGCUGAAACAGACGAGAGGAAAGUAAACCGCAUUCAGCAAGUUACCACCAAUGGGGAGAUCUCCAUCAUGGCUGGUGCCCCCACUGACUGUGACUGCAAAAUUGAUCCCAACUGUGACUGUUUUUCAGGUGAUGGUGGCUAUGCCAAAGAUGCAAAGAUGAAAGCCCCUUCCUCCUUAGCAGUGUCACCUGAUGGUACCCUCUACGUGGCAGACCUUGGGAAUGUUCGAAUUCGUACCAUUAGCAGGAACCAAGCCCACUUGAAUGACAUGAACCUUUAUGAGAUUGCGUCACCUGCUGAUCAGGAACUGUACCAGUUCACUGUCAAUGGAACCCACCUGCACACUUUGAACUUGAUAACGAGGGACUAUGUGUAUAAUUUCACCUACAAUGCCGAAGGCGACUUGGGUGCGAUUACCAGCAGCAACGGCAAUUCUGUGCACAUUCGCCGAGACGCAAGCGGGAUGCCCCUUUGGCUUGUGGUGCCUGGCGGGCAGGUGUACUGGCUGACCAUAAGCAGCAACGGAGUCCUGAAAAGAGUGUCAGCCCAAGGCUACAAUCUGGCCUUGAUGACCUAUCCAGGAAACACGGGGCUUCUGGCUACCAAAAGUAACGAAAAUGGAUGGACAACCGUUUAUGAGUAUGACCCCGAGGGGCAUCUGACCAAUGCAACGUUUCCCACUGGAGAGGUCAGCAGCUUCCACAGUGACCUGGAGAAGCUGACAAAAGUGGAGCUAGAUACUUCCAACCGCGAAAACGUCCUCAUGUCAACCAAUUUGACAGCAACUAGUACCAUAUAUAUUUUAAAACAAGAAAAUACGCAGAGUACCUAUCGCGUGAGUCCAGACGGCUCCCUACGUGUCACUUUUGCCAGCGGGAUGGAGAUCAGCCUCAGCUCAGAGCCCCACACCCUGUCCGGGGCGGUCAACCCCACCCUGGGCAAAUGCAACAUCUCGCUGCCCGGAGAGCACAACGCCAACCUCAUCGAGUGGCGGCAGCGGAAGGAGCAGAACAAAGGCAACAUUUCAGCUUUUGAAAGAAGGCUGAGGGCCCAUAACAGAAACCUGCUCUCCAUAGAUUUUGAUCAUAUAACUCGCACAGGAAAGAUCUAUGACGACCAUCGGAAAUUCACCCUUCGAAUUCUUUAUGACCAGACUGGACGACCUGUUCUGUGGUCUCCCGUAAGCAGAUAUAAUGAAGUGAAUAUCACAUAUUCGCCUUCAGGAUUGGUGACGUUUAUUCAACGAGGGACAUGGAAUGAAAAAAUGGAAUAUGACCAGAGUGGAAAAAUAAUUUCAAGAACUUGGGCCGAUGGGAAAAUUUGGAGCUAUACCUACUUAGAAAAGUCUGUGAUGCUUCUCUUACAUAGCCAGCGGCGUUAUAUCUUUGAGUAUGACCAAUCGGAUUGUCUGCUCUCAGUCACCAUGCCUAGUAUGGUGCGCCACAGUUUACAAACCAUGCUUUCAGUGGGCUACUACCGGAACAUCUACUCCCCACCAGACAGUAGCACUUCUUUUAUUCAAGACUAUAGUCGAGAUGGCCGACUACUACAGACCCUGCAGCUGGGGACAGGGCGCAGAGUUUUAUACAAGUACACCAAGCAAGCAAGGCUGUCCGAGAUUCUCUAUGAUACCACCCAGGUCACAUUAACAUAUGAAGAGUCUUCUGGAGUGAUUAAGACAAUACACCUGAUGCACGAUGGCUUCAUUUGCACAAUCAGAUACAGGCAAACAGGACCUCUUAUUGGGCGCCAGAUUUUCAGAUUCAGUGAAGAAGGCCUUGUGAAUGCUCGGUUUGACUACAGCUACAACAACUUCCGCGUGACCAGCAUGCAAGCUGUGAUAAAUGAAACCCCUUUGCCCAUAGAUCUGUACCGAUAUGUCGAUGUCUCUGGUAGAACAGAGCAGUUUGGAAAAUUCAGUGUCAUCAUUGGUUUUCAUGGAGGACUCUAUGAUUUCCUUACUAAAUUAGUGCACCUGGGGCAAAGAGACUAUGAUGUUGUUGCUGGUAGAUGGACGACGCCUAAUCAUCACAUAUGGAAACAGUUGAACCUCCUUCCUAAACCAUUCAACCUCUACUCUUUUGAAAAUAACUAUCCAGUUGGCAAAAUUCAAGAUGUUGCAAAGUAUACCACAGACAUUGGAAGUUGGUUGGAGCUAUUUGGUUUCCAACUACACAAUGUACUACCUGGAUUUCCCAAACCAGAAUUGGAAAAUUUGGAAUUAACUUAUGAGCUUCUACAGCUUCAGACAAAAACUCAAGAGUGGGAUCCUGGAAAGACCAUCCUGGGUAUCCAGUGUGAGCUCCAGAAACAGCUCAGGAAUUUCAUUUCCUUGGACCAACUUCCUAUGACUCCCAGAUAUAAUGACGGACGGUGCCUUGAAGGAGGGAAGCAACCAAGGUUUGCUGCUGUUCCUUCUGUUUUCGGCAAAGGUAUAAAAUUUGCCAUCAAGGAUGGCAUAGUAACAGCCGAUAUUAUAGGAGUAGCCAAUGAAGAUAGCAGGCGGCUGGCUGCCAUUCUCAAUAAUGCUCAUUACCUGGAAAACCUACAUUUUACCAUAGAGGGGAGGGACACGCACUAUUUCAUUAAGCUUGGGUCUCUGGAGGAAGACCUGGUGCUCAUCGGUAACACUGGGGGCAGGCGCAUUCUGGAGAAUGGUGUCAAUGUCACUGUGUCCCAGAUGACUUCAGUGUUGAAUGGGAGGACUAGACGGUUUGCAGAUAUCCAGCUCCAGCACGGGGCUCUGUGCUUCAACAUCCGGUAUGGGACAACUGUCGAAGAGGAAAAGAAUCACGUGUUGGAGAUCGCCAGACAGCGUGCUGUGGCCCAGGCCUGGACUAAGGAACAAAGAAGGCUGCAAGAAGGGGAAGAGGGUAUCCGGGCAUGGACAGAGGGGGAAAAGCAGCAGCUGCUGAGCACUGGGAGAGUACAAAGCUAUGAUGGGUAUUUUGUUUUGUCUGUUGAGCAGUAUUUAGAACUUUCUGACAGUGCCAACAAUAUUCACUUUAUGAGACAGAGCGAAAUAGGCAGGAGGUAACAAAAAAAAUCUCUGCCUUUG